AUGGCGCUGGUGACCGUUCAGCGUUCCCCGACCCCUAGCAACACCUCCAGCCCCUGCGUGUCGCAAACGGAGGAAAAAAAUGGUAAAAAGUAAGAUAGAUUACUUUUAAAUAUCAGUGAAAGCUUCCUGACCGUUAAAGGGGCGGCGCUCUUCCUGCCCCGAGGAAAUGGUUCCUCCACUUCGUCGUCAGCAUCCCGCUUCUCACUGCGCAGCAAACAUGCUGGCGACAUCCAGCAACACCUUCAGACCAUGUUCACUGUCCUCAGACCAGAGGACAACAUCAAACUGGCAGUCCGACUGGAGAGUGCCCACGCCUUUUUGACACGUUACAUGGUAGUGGUGUCCACCAAUGGAAGGCAGGACACAGAGGAGAGUGUGCUCCUCGGCGUGGACUUCAGUCCCGUGGACGGCUCGUGUUCCCUGGGCUUGGUUCUUCCACUCUGGAGCGACACGCUGAUUCACCUGGAUGGAGAUGGGGGCUUCAGCGUGUCCACCGACUGCCGUGUGCACGUCUUCAAGCCCGUCUCCGUGCAGGCCAUGUGGUCGGCGCUGCAGUCCCUGCACAAAGCCUGCGAAGUGGCGCGUUGUCACAACUACUUCCCGGGAAGCUUGUUCCUGACAUGGGUCAGCUACUACCAGAGUCGCGUCUCGUCUGACCAGGCCCGCAUCAACGAGUGGAACGCUAUGCAAGACCUGCAGUCGCACCGCGCCGACUCCCCGGUCCUCUUCUCUGACACGCCCACCGAACGCGAGCUGACGGAGCGUGAGAUCAAGAGCAGCUUGAGGGAGAUCAUGAUGCAGAAAGAUCUGGAGAAUGUCACCUGCAAGGAGAUUCGCACGGAGCUGGAAAUGCACAUGACUUGCAACCUGCGCGAGUUCAAGGAAUUCAUUGACAACGAGAUGAUUAUCAUUCUGGGCCAGAUGGACAGUCCCACACAGAUUUUUGAUCACGUCUUCUUGGGAUCUGAGUGGAACGCGUCCAAUUUGGAGGAGUUGCAGAAUUGCGGAGUUCACUACAUCCUGAAUGUGACCCGCGAGAUUGACAACUUCUUCCCGGGCGUCUUCGAGUACCACAACAUCCGCGUGUACGACGAGGAAGCCACCGACUUGUUGGCCUACUGGAACGACACCUACAAGUUCAUCACCAGAGCCAAGAAAAAUGGAUCCAAGUGCUUGGUGCACUGCAAGAUGGGAAUAAGUCGCUCGGCGGCCACUGUUAUCGCGUACGCAAUGAAGGAGUACGGAUGGGAUCUGAGGAAGGCCUUCGAUUACGUCAAGGCGCGCCGAACCGUCACCAAACCCAACCCGUCCUUCAUGAGACAGCUGGAGGAGUACCAGGGCAUCCUGCUGGCCAGCAAACAGCGGCACAACAAGCUUUGGCGUUCUCACUCUGACAGCGACUUGUCCGACCACCAUGAGCCCUUGUCUAAAGCGUAUCACCGGCCGCGAGGCCCGGACUGCUCAGCCACCCCACUGGAAUACUAUAUCAAAAAAACGGCGGGAUUCGGCGCCCCGUCUCGUCCCCUGAGCUCGCCGCCAUGUGACAACGUGCAGCAUCACGCAUCUCGGUCACCCGUCGACUCCCUCGACACGCCCGGUGCGUUGUUGGGGCACAGGGACCGCAUCGACUUCUUAAGCGCCAGGGAGAAAUUUAAAGGGAUGGCGCAGCGACAUUCGUCGACGCCGCCUGAGUUCUUCACCGGGGAUGAGACCAAAAGAAAGAGCCUGAUUCCCGUGCAGGUCGCAGAAUCAAAGCCCGCCGAGCAAUCAGAUGAGUCCGAGCCCAGCCAAUUGGGGGAUGGGGGCCGGGAAGUGGCCAAGCCUGCACAGGAAGUGAAGGAUGGCGAUGUUUUUUGUUCUGGCAUAAAGCAGGAAGGGGAAAAGGAAGAGGAGGAUAAUACCCGUCUCUACAGGGACUGGACACGAGGCUCGGUGCGUCGCGUCACGCGCCAGCUGGAACGGCAGAUGAAGCGGGAUCGCCACACGCAACAUCGCACCCCCUCGCUGACCUCAUCCCCGUCCUCAUACCAGGGAAGUCCCGCUGGGGAUCGCACUCGUAUCGCCACGAGGAGCAGCGACUGGCCGGCUAACGCCAGUUUCCUGUCUUCGGAUUGGGGCGGGGCCAUCCUCAAGGAGACGUGGGAGACGCUGCGUGAACUCGGGGCCUUCCUUCAACAGGUGAGCGUGGGCGUGGCCGGAGCCAACGGGAAGCGAGGCGGCGGCGUACGACGGCGCGUCCGAGAGGCGGAGGCUCGCAUCCGCCGGGCCGGCCUGACACCUCCUUCGCUGAUGAAGCGCUCGGCCUCCUUGGCCAAGCUGGGCUGUUUGGAGCUGCUGGUCGAUGAUCUCGCGGACUGGGAACUGAGCCAAGCUGUCGCUGCGCCACCGCCCGCGGAGCCUCUGGUCCACACGAGUGGCGAGGACCCCAAAAAGCAACGCGUCUAUGAUGCCGGCUCUCCGGCCGAGCGAUCGCCUGCCGAGAGCCCGCGGCGGCUCAGAGACUCUCCGUCUCCCUCGCCGCUUCAGCCGCUCUUCACGUCCAGGCAGCAGUACGGGAGGAGUCACCCCGUUAGGCGUCUCAAGAAAACAAACCUCAGCGCCCUCUACCAAACCAUGUAG